UUUCCCCUUAAAUUGGUCUUCCUGUCAUUUUCAUAUUAAAUUCCAAUCUGUAGUAACUAGCUAGAAUUAAAGUCUCAAAUUUCCUUUCAACUUUAUAUUUUAUUGUUUACUAAUUACAGUGACAUCUUUCAAGCAAUAUCAGAAAUGACUAUGUACAUGGGUGCAUAAAAACUAUAUACAUUUACAUAUGUGCAGUGUACUUUUGUCAUUUGUGAUCUUUUCUCUAAUUUUGAAUAUUUAUGUUUGGGGAAAAAGUUUUUCUGCGUCCCUUUAUAGUGGCAAAUAUCAAUCCCUUGUGACAAAUACUGGCAUCUUAGGGUAUAAAUAUAAUUACAAGCCAUCACAAUUGCAAAACUUGGAUUCUUAUUUUUGUUAAAUAAAUGGUGGUGAGCUUGUAAAGUUUGUGAUUAAGUCCCUAGACUUCUAAUAUUUUUUAAGUUCCUCCUUGUAAAUGACAUUCUGUUAGCUAUUGGUAAACCACAGGAAACUUGUAUGAAAACUCAGCAUUGGGGCCUAUAGAAUUAGGUUGAAUGUCAAUAGGUCCCUAUAGGAAUAAUCAUACAUUACAAUUUUUUAACAAUUCUCAAUGCUUUUUCCCUGUUGCCAUGCCUAGAAAAGAUACACGAGAGAUAUUAGUGUAAUACUUAUUGAGAAAGAGGAGAUUGAAAAUCUAAUAAGGUUAUUGAGACACUUGCAUAGAAGGUUACUGCAGACACCAAUGAUGAGAGCAAAUUGCAUGUUUUUUAACCUUGUGACAAGAGAUAGAACAUGACCAAGUACACUUAGGAGAUUUUUAAAAGGGAUCUUGUCGAAUAUUUUAGUAUUUAUCUGUGUUUGGUAGCUUAGUUGGUAAGCUUUAUUCAGAAGGUAGCAGUGUAUUGUCACUGUCAAUAGUCCUUCUCUCUCUUGUGUCUUGUAUAUAUAUGUAUCAUUUUGAAAUCAAUAGAGAAUGUGAGAAUAUUUCUUAACUCACCUCAGUCUUCAAGUGAUCUCAUGAUGAAUAAUAUCCUUAAAAACUUCGUUUUUAACUGAGCCAACUGCAUUGUGCGAUCCAUGUAACUAACCUCACCUAAUGAUGAGGCUAUUUUUUGAUUGUGGUUAUUAUUACAAAUCAACCUAUUGCUGCUUAUAAUUAUAAAAGCAUGUUUCUUGUGAGGGGUGAUGAUAGUUGUCCAGAUAUCCUAACAAAUCCCUUCUUGACUCCAUGGUGCACUUAUGCAGAUCACUGUCCUCUUUGCUGCUGCUAAAUUAUUGAACAUUUACUUACUACUUCUUCCCUUUCUUGAAGCUGAAUUUGUUAUUACCAAAUUGGAUCUUUCUGGCUGCCCGAAAACAACUUAUGUCAAUAGAACAUAGGCUAGAUCCUUAUUUCUUUUAUUUCUUGGUCUCUUGGAUCCAAUCUUUGAUUGCCAAAGCAUUUAUCUGAAAAUAGAGGUUGUUAUGGGUACCACGUGCAACAGUGCAAGUGUCAAUCAUUUUAGGAAUGUAUUGCAAGUAUUAUAUGACACUUGCAAAUGCUUUGCAUUUAGUUGGGUGAAGAUUACAGUUUUAUUAAUCUGAAAUCUAACAUGUUGACCAUUAUCUAGGGGUCAAUUCCAAAUUCUUCAAACUGCUGCAUCUAGUGAAUUUUAUGAUGGGCUUGAGGCCCAACCACCAUGCAUUGUUAACAAGAAAGCAUACAAAUUUUCAACAGAAAUGCCACCAGUCCUUCAACUGGAGUCACUUCCUGUGUUGAAUGCCUUGACUGACAUAUUCCAGGAUAAUUCUCCAAGGCUUCAGGAUAUUGCAUUGUAUUUAUUUCCAUCAGAACUUACUGAGAGGUCCAGAAAGAACCUGGAUAGCAUAUUGAAGUUUAUGAAUGCUGAGAAAUCAAUGCUGAGAAGUUAUAUUAAUGGAGUAGAGUUGCUGGUAUUUACCUCAAAUCAACUUGACAUGGACUCAAAGGGUGCUAUAGCUGCAGUAAAGACUCGACAUUUCCUGUGGGGAUUGUUUCGCCAAAAGAAAAUUGAUAAAGCUGUUGAAAGAGUACCUGACCUGGAGCUAGUUGAUAUGGACAUCGAUAUGAUUGGGGGAAAAAACAUGGUAGGGAGAGCUGAUGACGUUCAAAAUUAUAAACCCAAGAGUGACAUUCCUCUAGGCUUUUGAAGAAUUUACCAAAAUGUCUAAUAUUUUAUUUGUACGAGACAAUUAAUUUCUUGUAUUUUAAUUUUUUUGUUUGGACAA